AACUAUCGGGAGGCGAGAGCGAUUUGGAUUUGUUUUGCUCAGAUUUUGUGUUGUGGUCUCGUCUGCGGAAAACAGGUUUUUUUAGUAUGUCCCAUCAAACAGGGAUACAAGCAAAUCAACACUUAAAAACCUUUUUCGGUGAAUGUAAAGAUGGGAGAAUUCGUGCAUUCAAAGUUAUUAUCAUUGACGAGGCCUUGACUCUUCAAAAAAGUUUUGAAUCCCAAAAAUCUUGGGAAGAUGAGUAUGAUGAAUAUGUGCUAAACUGCAUUGAACACCAGCAGCCUUGCUAUAUCUUUUAUAGAUUAGAUUCUCAGAAUGAAGCAGGAUAUGAGUGGAUAUUCAUUUUUUGGUCUCCAGAUGAUUCACCAGUGCGUCAGAAAAUGUUGUAUGCAUCUACAAAAGCUACCAUAAAAAAAGAAUUUGGAGGUGGUCAAAUAAAAGAUGAAGUAUUUGGAACACGAAGGGAGGAAGUUCGAUUGCUAGGAUACAAAAAACAUAUUGAAAGUGAAAGCUGUCCUCAGCCUAUGAGCUCUUCUGAAGCAGUAUUACAACAAAUCCGGACAUAUGAAGCAGCAUCUGGAGGAAUAGAUGUUACUCAUCAAGCAGUACAAGGAGUUGCAUUUCCCAUUUCAGAUGACGUUAUCAAUGCUCUAAUUGAUUUAAAAGACAGUCACAUAAAUUACAUUCAGUUGAGUAUUGAUAUGGAAAAAGAAGAAAUUAAUUUAGAAAAAGCUGCAACUCUUGAAGUAAGCUCAUUAUGCAACCAUGUUCCAACAGAUCAUGCAAGGUAUCACUUGUUUUGCCUUGCCCAUUCAUAUGAUGGAGACUAUUUGAAUAGUACAGUUUUCAUUUAUUCUGUUCCUGGAUACAACUGCCCUGUUAAGGAACGAAUGCUGUAUUCAAGUUGUAAGGGUCCUUUACUUGAUGUGAUAGAAAACAAAAUAGGGAUAGAACUUGCAAAGAAGAUUGAAAUGGAUGAUGAUGACGAACUUACAGAAGAAUUUUUGAUUGAUCAAAUUCAUCCAAAACAGACUAUUUAUAAACCGAAAUUUUCUAAGCCUAAAGGGCCAAUGAAUAGAGGUGCUAAAAGACUAGUAAAGGUUCAAAAUGCUGAAUAGUUGAAAAAUAUUAAAACAUUAUAAAGCAAAUUUUGAUAGCCAAGAAUGCAUAUUAUAUAAUUAUACAUUUUAUAUACUUUUAUUUAUAAUAUAUGAAAUAAUUUUUACACAGUGUUUCUUUUUGUAAAAUGUCUGAAUAAAACGAAUCUAUUGGUUGUGUUA